UUCCCACUGUCACGUGCCCACUUUUGACUACCCAAUGACCAAACCCAUUGCACUCUUUCUCUUCCUAUAAAUUUGACAUCAUGCAUCAGAAAAUCUUAUGCAGACUCACCAACAGUGCCACAGAUACAAACUCAAAAACCCUUCCCUUUCCCUUUCCUUCCACUACUACCCUACCACCUCACUCUUUCCCACUCUACUGGCUCUGGGUCCCUCCAAUUCAUUUGUGCAUACCUCCAUUCGCAGUUAACGACAACGUGGACUGCAGCUGCUGACUGGUAUUUCGCCAUUUUCUUAGCUUAUAAAGCUACCUGACAACACCCACUUCUCACUUCUCCCCCCCUCUCCCGUACCAUUUUAACUCUUUCUUCCCAUUUCAAACCUUCUAUCAUUGCAUUUCCAAUCUCUCUCUCUUUAAAAUUUGACACAAAGGAGGAGGAGGAGGAGCAGCCGGUGAAAACAAGAGGAGAUCGAUCAAAAUCGGGGAAAUGAUGCAUCAUUGUUGUGGAAGCUCACAGGGGCACGUGAUGGGCACUUGCACAUGCGGCAUGUAUCACAAUCACAAUAGCAGCGAAGCCAGCUCUUAUGGGUCGAUGCUGUUUUCUAUGCCCAACAACAACGAAUAUUACCAAGAACACGACAUCUAUUCUUCCUUCACGCCCUCUCAUUCCUCCGUCGACUGCACGCUCUCCCUCGGAACCCCCUCCACGCGUUUAACCCAAGACGAGGACGACAACAAACGACACCGUCACCAACGUCGUUCUGGUGUCACCAGUUUUUGCUGGGAUCUGCUCCAUUCCAAUCACAACAACAACAACAUCACGCAAUCUCAAAGCAAGUCUAGCAGCAGAGGAAGCAACAACAACAACGACUCUCUCCUCGCUCGUCGUUGCGCUAACUGCGACACCACUUCCACUCCCCUCUGGAGGAACGGUCCUCGUGGCCCAAAGUCACUAUGCAACGCUUGCGGGAUCAGAUUCAAGAAGGAACAGAGAAGAGCGAGCGCCGCGGGGGCCACGUCAGCGUCAGCGGCGGUUCCCGGCGGCGCAAUGGAAUCGGCGCGCGUGUACGGCCACCACCACAACAAUUCAUGGUACGCACACUCUCAGAGCCAGAAGAUGAUGGGUAACGAGUUACGCUUCAUGGAUGAUUCCGAUGACAGAGACUCGGAUAAUAAUGGCAUUCCGUUCCUCUCUUGGAAACUCAACAUUCCAGAUCGAACGAGCCUGGUUGAUGAACGAUGGUGAUAUCCUUAAUCCUUAAUACGUUAACAAUAACGAGAAAGGGAGAGAGAAGAAAAAAAAAAUGACAAAAGUUGGAAUCCAAGUAGCUAUAAAUUAAUUACAACCUUGACGUUCAAGACCACGCAGGUGUACGUCGACGUUUUACGAUGGUGAUGUAGAUGUUUUUGAUAGCGAUGGUUGCAUCGCAUUAUGGUCUCGUCAAUGUGAUGUUUUUUUUUUAUUAUUUAUAUAUUUUAUUUGACCUUUUCCUUUUUGUUUGGUUCCUUUUUCUCCGUCUUGUGAAAGAUGAUGGAUGGAGUGAGAACAGGAUAAUUCUAUGUUCUUAGUUUGCUUUUUCUUUGGUCUUCCUUCUUUAACUUUCUCUUUCAGUUACUUGUUAA